AUGGCGGUUGCAUGCCACUCGCACUGUAGUUACACCCAAUUGGAUACAGCAGCCGUGGGCCAGAAGCCAUUGAUGGCCUAUGAUGAUGGACAGCAUUCGUCACCUGGACCUGUUGAACAUGAUGGCCACACCGAAGUUUCCGCAGUUCCAGUGGGAUCCAACAAUCGGUUUGCCACUCACUCUGACUGCCGAGACGUUCCAUCAACUGGGAUAAAGAUUCGAUACCUAACCCCUUAA